AGAGGCACAAGCGGACACAUUCCUCUGCAGUUUACUUCUAAAGCCACAUUUUGGAUGAUGGAUUGUUCGGAGGAGGUUCAGCCUGUAUCUGAGGAGCCCAGCGCUCAAAUGGAGCUAAAAAAAGGAAUGUCGAUUUUCAUUGAUAUUUUACGGAGAGCUGAUAAAAACGACGAUGGGAAACUUUCCUUUGAUGAAUUCAAAGCUUAUUUCUCUGAUGGAGUCUUGACAGCUGAGGAGCUGAAGGAGCUCUUCCACACGAUCGAUACCCAUAACACAGACAACGUGGACACCGAUGAACUCUGUGAGUAUUUCUCCCAGCACCUCGGCGAAUAUGAGAAUGUUCUUGCUGCCUUAGAAGACCUGAACAUGUCCAUAUUGAAAGCAAUGGACAAAACAAAGAAGGAUUAUCAGGAGUCCACCCACCUGGAGCAGUUUGUGACCCGCUUCCUGCUGAAGGAGACAACCAAUCAGCUUCAUUCGCUUCAAAGCUCACUCGAGUGCGCCAUGGAAACCACAGCCGAGCAGACUCGCCAGGAGAAACAGGGCCCACCGAAGCCAGAGGUUUUGUCCAUCCAGUGGUCGGGUCGUCGCUCCAAUCGGAGACUUCAGAGGAACAGCAGCCUGUCACCCAACAACCCGCUCCUCAGUCUCGUCAAUUCAGGUGUUUAUGAAGAAGACAGCCAGUGGAUGAUCCAGGUCAACAGACUGCAGAAGCUUAUCGACCGCCUAGAACAAAAGGAGAUUCGUCUGGAGCCUGUUGAGGAGGAGGUCUUGGAGAGCAAAUCGCACAUCCUGAUAGUCCAGAGGCAGCUCUCGGUGCUGGAGGAGGAGCUGGAGGAGUUUCGUUUGGCUCUCAGACAGUACAUGGAGUGUGCCUGCGCCCAGACUGGAUGUCUACACAUUGCAGUUCAGCGGCUGGCAAAUGAAUCACGCUUCAUUCUCUAUGAAUUCUGGGAGCACAACAAUGUGUGGAAGAACCACCUGCAGACAAACUACAGUAAAACCUUCCAAAGGGGGAAUGUGGACUUUCUGGAAACUCCUGAGAGCUUAACCACCAUGCUGGUUCCUGCCUCAUGGUGGGUCCUCAACAACAACUGAAAGUAGACAAGCACCCUCCACCGAUCGUCACUGCUGGAUGCAGAGAGCAAAUAGUCACCUGUCAACACAUCAGGAAGUUCACAGCGACACACACACACACACACUCAAAAAUAAACGCACACACUAACUAAACACAACUCGUGAAGUCAUGGUGAUUAGUAUAGAUUUUGUGACCUCCAUGUUCCUUCAUAGUUAGGUGGUAGCUGAUAUAGCCCGUGUGUGUGUUUGUUUACACUCACUAGACGACGCUCUGACGUCCUAAAAGCAAUGACCUCAUCAGACGGAGACCCAUCUGAUGAUCUGACAUCAUCACUGUGUUUGACGUGACAUCAUCUGCAGUCUGGAGUAGAUCAUGAGAGCUGAAGCAUGCGUGUGUGUGUGUGUGUGAGAGAGAGAGAGACAGAGAAAGAUGGGAGGGGGUAUAAUUGUAUAAAUUGUAGCAGCUCUGGGGAGCUCAUUAAACCAUCAUUCUGUUGUUUCUGUAUUUAAUGUGCCAAAUUGAAAUAAAAAUGUGUUGGGUCAUAAAUAAAGACGAUAUA